AUGCAGCAGCAAAUACGGCGAUGCGGCGCCGUCGCCUUCGCCGCGCUCCGGCGGGUCCGCCACUUCCCUCACCCCACCGUCGCCGCCGCUGCACCUCCUACGGCGGCGUGGAGACGCCCUUGCACUCCCCGCCCGUACUCCACCGCCGACAUGAGCCACCAGCUGCCUGCAAACCUGGUACAGAUCAUGGAGCAGAGAAUGAGAUUGAUAGAGCAGAAGAGUGCAUACCUCCAGGAGCAAAUCAACCAGCCGGCUGCCUCACCGGAGGAAUACUCGAGGGCUAACAAGGAGUUCCACAAGCUGGAGAGCACCAUUGAAUUGAUCAAGGAGCUGCGAUCAAAGCAGAAGGAAAUUGAGGGAUUGACAUCCUUGGUGACAAACUCCGUUGAAGAGAAAGACAUGCGUGAAAUGGCAGCUGAGGAGCUCCUUGAGGCUGUUGAGGAGGAGAAACGACUGCAGCAUGAGUUGUUCAGAACUUUGCUUCCGAAAGAUGAAGCUGAUGAGAGGGACUGUAUAUUGGAGGUGCGAGCAGGAACUGGAGGAGAAGAAGCUUCUUUGUUUGCUAUGGAUAUAUUCAAAAUGUAUGAGAAGUAUUCCCAAAAUAAUGGGUGGAAAUUUGAUACUAUUGACAUAAUGGAGUCUGCUGUAAAAGGAUACAAGGAAGCUAGUGGGACCAUUUCAGGUCCUGGGGUAUACGGGAAGCUUAAAUUUGAGAGUGGCAUUCAUAGAGUUCAGCGAGUUCCAGUAACUGAGAAAUCUGGACGUGUGCACACUAGUGCUGUAUCAGUCGCUGUUCUUCCUCAAGCUGAUGAGGUUGAUGUCCAACUGCGUAAUGAGGACUUGAGAAUUGAUACCUACAGAUCAGGUGGCUCCGGAGGCCAGUCUGUCAAUACGACUGAUAGUGCUGUUAGGAUAACUCAUCUUCCAACUGGAACAGCGGUUGCAAUACAAGAUGAGAGAUCACAACAUCAGAACAAGGCCAAGGCUCUCAAAGUUCUCCGGGCAAGACUAUAUGAAUUGGAAAGGCAUAGGCUCCAUGCAGACCGGUCGAAGCUCCGAUCAGAGCAGAUUGGAAGUGGUGACAGGUCCGAGCGCAUCAGAACAUACAACUUCCCACAAGGACGUGUCACCGACCAUCGUGUCGGGGUCACGCACCACUCCAUAGUGGACGUCAUGGAGGGAGAGAGCCUGGACGUCUUCAUCGAAGCGCUGCUGCUGCAAGAAGAGAUGGACGCAAUUGCUUCGUUUGCUUCAUGA